AUGCCGCUCAAGUUGGGCACGGAUGUGUUUGCGGCGUGCGACAACGCCACCGCGAUCCCGGAUAUCGACGACGAGGACAACGACACCGUGUCGUCCGACCUCCAGGUGAAAGUGUACCGCAAAAGGAUGGCCGAGCUGCGGGCGCUGCGGCAGUUCAAGGGCCGCAUCGUGUGCGUGCGCUUUGGCGACGACACCGACGCCAAGUCUCCGAACCUCGAGUACACGCUGCAUUUCUUCGUGUCCUCUAUCUCCAACGACUUUCUGAAACUCAAUCGACCGACGAAUUUUUUUCUGCCCGGGACCGAUUCCAACGACGCCGAGUUGUUGGAUAAGUUGCACGGCGUUCAAAUAAGAAUUAACAGGGCUCAUCUGGAAUUACAAUACGAGCAGCACACCUGGAAUCCCACCUGGAAUUACACGACGUACCAGAGGCUCAUGCCGAUCCCCGAGUUCCCGACCGAGCCGCAGCAUUACCGUCCCGGCGUCGUCGUGGCCGCGAUCGCUCUCGUCUGGCUCUUCUUUCGGCACCUGGCAAACCUGACGCGGGAGACCAGCUCGGGACUCAAGGAACUGCAAUGCGUGAUGGGACUGUCAGACGCCGUUUACUGGAUCGGGCACUACCUCUCCUUCCUUGUCCUCAUCCUCGCCGAGAGCUUGAUCGUGCUGGUCUACAUGGUCACCAUCAAGCAGAGUGACCUCGGGGUGGUCUUUCUGGAAAACACGGCCGUGAGCCUUCUGCUGGCGGCCUUCCUCAUCUACUGCCUUCUUCUUCCGCUGCUCAUAUUACUCCUGUCCUGCGUGUCCCCAAAAGGAGUGUACGCCAGCUUGCUGGGGCUGGCCUUUUACCUGGUGCUGCCCUUCAUAGAGUUGGACGCCAUAAGUUGGAUUCACGGUGGCGUGGGUGACUACAUCUUCUUCGGUCGAAGAACCAAGCUCCUGUCCUGCAUAUUUCCGCAGCUCGGCAUUUGUCUGGUCCUCCAAGUAAUCAGUUUGGAGAACGAUUACAUAGGAAACGCCGGAUGGGGCAUCAUCGGCAAGAGAGCGCUCGGUCUAGACAACGUGACCAUCAUCGAGAUUUGGUUAGUCAUGGUCUCCAGCGGACUAGGGGUGGUCGUCCUCAUCUGGUACCUCACCAGGGUCCUCCCUUGUGCCACUGCGCUGCCUCAGAGUCCGCUCUUUCCUCUCAUGCCCAGUUACUGGUCCCCUCCGGCUCCCGUGCGGACGGCAGAAAACCUGACGGCAAGACACAACCCGAACCACUUCGAAAGGGCCCCCAACGAUGCGGAGCCCGUGAUCGUCACGAGGGAUCUCAUCAAGAACUUCUGGACCACCAAGGCGCUGGACGGCGUCGACCUGGAGAUGUACGAGUCGCAGAUCACGGUAUUGCUCGGACACAACGGUGCCGGAAAGUCAACCCUUAUGAACAUACUGACCGGCAUGCUGAAACCCAGCGGAGGCGUCGCACUCGUCUGCGGUUACGACAUCGUCAAGAACACGACGCAUGCGCGGAAGAGCCUCGGCUUCUGUCAGCAGGGUGACGUCUUCUUCACCGACCUCACCACCUGGGAACAUGUCGUCUACUUCGCCAAGUUAAAGGGACUAGGACGAACCCAAGCCAAAACCCAGGCUCGAGAUACGCUCAUGGCUGUGGGACUUGACAGCAAGCUGAACGAUCUACCCGAAAAACUGUCGGGAGGAAUGAAGAGGAGGCUUUCCAUCGCCAUGGCCGUCGUCUCUAGUCCCAAGGUGGUGCUUCUAGACGAGCCCACCGCCGGCCUGGACCCCGAGAACAAGCGCGAAGUGUGGGACCUGCUCCUGGGCAUGCGCGCCAAGACCACGCUCAUCAUCUCCACGCACGACAUGGACGAAGCGGACGUGUUGGCCGACCGCAUCGUGGUCAUGGCCGAAGGAAGGGCGCUCUGCAGCGGAUCACCCGCCUUCCUCAAGAAAGCUUACGGCGUCGGCUACCAGCUUCGCAUCCUCAAGAAGCCCGGGACCUUCGCUCUGCUCACGGUGGUGAACAUCAUCAAAAAGACGGCUCCUAAGGCGGAGGAAAAGGAGAAACAAAACGAGGUGAUCGUGGCCCUAAACACGCUCAGCCAUCGGGGUUUCAUCUCCAUGUUUAAGGAGCUGGAAUUGCAUCAGUCCAGCCUUGGUAUUGGCGCCAUUGGAGUCACCGUUGCUACCAUGAGGGACGUCUACGUCAAGAUCAACCUGGAGUGCCGGCCAGCCGAAGCAAGGGAGAAAGAUGAUAAGAUCAACGACCAAGACGUCGCCUACGCAGCCUCGGCAGCCGGCACCAGAGUUUCUCAAACUUCCCGGCUCUUGGUGCUGAUGUGGAAGCGGGCCAUCUGCUUCCAGAGAUCCUACUUCACCAUCUUCACGGCGUUCGUCUUGCCCGCGGUUCUGUUCUUGUUGCUCUAUCCGGGAAACCGGAAGGGCGAAAUUUCCACCCACCGGGACCAAACGUCCACGCUCGUCCCGAUAUCCCUGAAAAGCCUCUUUCCCGGAGCGGUCACCUUCGCCCAGCACGACGCGGCGACCCGAGAGUACUUCGAGAAGUACCGUCCACUCGUGGAAAGUGAAGAAGCCGAGCUCAAGCUGUUUCCUAACGCUACGCAGACACUGCUGGAUGAAGCCAGUCGCGAUUACCUGGCGUACGCUUCCAAGUACAUUCUGGGCGGUGUUUUUGAAGAGCAGAGGCUCGAGGGCUGGUACAAUCCAUUCGCGGCGCUCAGCAAGGUGAUCAGCCUAAACCUCUUGGACACGGCUCUGAUACGCCUUCAAUCGGGCAACCGUGCCGCCCGGAUCCGCACCAACCUCUACGUUCACGAGGACCUUUUCCGGGAACUAGGCUUUUCCGGCAAUGUAAGGGCCCGGAUUGGAGCCCUGCUUUCCGGGAUUAUGCUGUAUAUCGAUCUCUAUCACUGGUUCUUAUAUACGCCCAUGCUAGUCGGCGUCCUGUGCGCCCACUUUGUGCUCUUCCCAUUCGUCGAGCACGCGUGCCGCGCCAAGGCGUUGCAGCUCAUGACGGGCGUUCCCGGGCUUGUCUACUGCCUGUCCAACUUCCUCUUUGAUCUGCUGGUCUACUUGGCGGCCUUUCUCAUCUUUGGCGCCUGCCUGGUCUCCUUAUACAAGCUGAGGACCGUCACAUACGUGGGGUUUGUGGUCGUGGUAUUGGCGCAUUCAGGGAUCGGCAUCCUGGUCCCUUACCUGAUCGCCGCGAGAGCCACGAGCGACAACCACGCCUACGUGCUUGCGCUGCUUUUCUGGACGAUAGGAGGUACCGCUUCGCCAAUCGUCCUGAUCCUACUGCGCGUAUUCAGUUCCGGACUGCUUCCUCGGUGGAUCCCCAUGUUUCUGCCGCCAGUGGUGCUGCCCGGCGCCAUCUACAAGCUCAUGAAGCUAGAGAUGGAGAACGACGAGUGCCUCAGGAUCAAACGAGAGUACAUUGAGAACAUCACGAUGCUCGAAGUAUACUGCCAGACCGGGUUCCUGAAAGAAUUCGGUUACGGAUUCGAGCGUUGCUGUGAACAUGCGGAAAAGGGCUACGCCCAAGGUUUCCAACUCCUGAGCCCGUUCGAACUGGGCCUCGGCGGCAUCGUCUUCGACAUCGUCGUGAUGCUGCUGGAAGGCGCCCUCUUCUUCGCCUUGCUGGUCUGGCGGGACACGGCCAACUUCUUACCGACGCUUAUCUUCAGGACGACGGACGACGUCAAGGACGUCCUAGACUCGGAGGUCCAGGCAGAGAAGGACCUCGUGCGUGACCUGUGCUCUGAGGGGUCCUUCUCGGAGCACGCCCUCGUGGCCCAUAACGUGCACAAGUUCUACGGCCACCUGCACGCCGUCAGGGGCCUCAACUUCGCCGUGGUCCGCGGCGAGUGCUUCGGACUGCUGGGCGUGAACGGCGCGGGAAAGACGACCACCUUCCAGGUGCUUACGGCCCUGGAGCAGAUGACCGAUGGCGACGCGUACAUGCAGGACGGAAAACUCUCUGACGAUCCGCGACGGUGGCAGUCCCACAUCGGCUACUGUCUCCAGUCUGGCGGACUCCUGGAGCAGCUGAACGCCUAUCAGUUCCUGCGCUUGUUCGCCAUCUUGAGGGGAGUGAAGAAGAACGAGAUCAAGAGGCUCGUAAACAGCGUCAUCAGCAUCGUCGGCUUGAAGCAAUACGCGAAGAAAAAAUGUGGAUCUUACAGCAUGGACGAGUGCGAGCUGGCCUGCGACCGCAUCGGCAUCAUGGUGGCCGGCCAGUUCAAGUGCCUGGGCAGCCUGCAGCACCUCAAGAACAAGUUUGGCACGGGCUACUCGCUCAACCUACGCCUGGAGGACGGCUCCGCGGUGGAAUUGGACGGUUUCGUGGCGGAAGUGCGACGAGUGUUUCCGGGCAUUCAACUCAGGGCCCGCUACGAGGACACCUUCGAGUAUCACAUGGAGGAAAAACUCCUCUGGAGCGUCCUCUUCACAAAGGUAGAAGAACUGGAAAGGAAGUUUAAGCUGGCGCACGUUUUAGCGUCGGACAGCACCCUGGAGCAGAUCUUCAUCCAGUUUGCUCGCGAGCAGGACGCCAAGGCUGAGCAGGGCACUUCAGUGGCGAAAGGUCCGGUCCUGCAAAAUGCAGUGCCGAGGGGUCUGCACCCCGAUCGAUCGAAGUCAAAAGAAAGUAGUAAGGAAUAA